AGCCAUUCUUUUUCCUCUGUUUCUGUUCUCUCUCAUCUCUCUCUCUCUCUAUUUUCAAAAAUUUUAUCUAAUCUCUGUUUAUUGGAUCUUCUUGAUCAUUAAUUUAGAGCUGAUGGAUUAAAAAAAAAAAAAGAUUGGGCCUUUUUUCUGUUUCACCAUUAACUCAGUGUUGUCUGUAAAUGGAGGCUAAUGAGAUUUAGCAGGGCUUUUUCUGUUCUUCAUUCAACUCGUUUAAUUAACUUUCACUCCUUUUUUUUUUUAUAAUUAUUUUUAAAUUCUUUUUUAGUGUAUGAAUGAUAAUUUUGGGCUUUUAGCCAAAAACCCUUUUGUUUAUUCUUUGUUUUGUGACUUUUGCAGCAGCUACUCUCAUGGUGUUUUAACCAGUUGAAAAUUAAAUGCUGAGGAAUAGAUCUAGAACAGUGACGAAGAAAGCUCUAAUGGCAGACAACAAUUCCCCGACCAAAACCCCUUCCUCACCAAUCUCCUCAUUUUUGGGUUCACCGAGGUUUUUCAAUGGUUUUUUCUCCAAAAACAUAUUCGACACAGAAAUUAGCAUGAGCCCAACUUCAAUUCUUGACAACAAAACCCCUACUUCCAAUUUUGCAAACCCAUUCAAGAAAUCCCCGCCUGAAACAACCACCAUCAUGAAGAACAACAACAAACAAGAAACACGUGCCAUUGGCCUUGCCCUAAUUGAUUCAAUCAUCCAAGAAAACAUCAAUCAAGAUGGCAAAUUACUCAACCGAAUGGUUCUACUCGGAUCAAACCUCAAAGUGCACAUCCCACAAAACAAUACCACCAACAAUCCCACACCAUCCUCGAUUUCACCGAUCGAAUCUCCGAAAUCACCGACCGAUUUCGGGAUCAAAACCCGAAACAUUUCUCAGUUGUCGAGCCCUGUUCUUGGAGGAAAGGAUCUUGGGAGGCAGUUGUCUUUGAAGGAAAUGGAGCUCUCCGAGGAUUACACACGUGUGAUAACUCAUGGCCCGAAUCCGAAAACAACUCAUAUAUAUGAUGACUGCAUUGUGGAGAGCAGCUGUUUGGAUGAAAUCAAAACAACAACAAAUAAUAAUAAUGGAUUUCAAACAACAGAUAUUAUUCCAAAAUCUUCAUCAAUGGAUUUCAUGAGUUCUUGUCACAAUUGCAGACAGAUUCUUGGGCAUGGCAAAGACAUUUACAUGUACAGGGGUGAGAAAGCCUUUUGUAGCGAUGAAUGCCGCUGCCAAGAAAUGUUUUUUGAUGGAAUGAAGAAUCGGGAGUCGAAUGAUGCUUUCUAGAACUGUUUUGUAUUGCUUCACUUUGUUGCUUCAGAGGGAUUUUAGCAUCUUCAAAAGGGAUUUUCUCGGAGUGGGGGGAAAAAUUCUAUGUGAAAUAUUUUAUUUGUUUCUGAUUUUUUUUUAAUUUUUUUUUCGGUUUCGUUUCUUGAAUCGUUUUUGCUGUUUCUAUUUUAAUCACCCUCUCCCUUUGCAUAAAUACACAGAUAAUGGGACGCUGAGGUUAGUAUUGAUAAAUAAACCAAUAAAUAAACCUAUCAGAGAUUUUAUGAUGUAUGAUUGAAGAAUUUCUCCUUUGUUUUUUA